CGUACCCUUUUCAACACUCAGCCACAAAAAUAAACCUCACACACACACUUUCUCUCUCCCUCCUCCUCCUCUAUCCUCCUCCCUUCUCUCUUCAAUAAUUUAAUUCCUCCGCCUGCCGCCACCGUCGCCGCUUCAAUCCCGGCAAAAGUCAUGGCUGCUAGUCUGAGCUUUGUUAUGGGUAUCAUUGGGAAUGUGAUUUCAAUUCUGGUUUUUGCAUCUCCCAUAAAAACAUUUAUAGGAAUAGUGAAGAAGAAAUCAACAGAGAAUUACAAAGGGAUACCAUAUGUGACAACAUUAUUGAGCACAAGCUUGUGGACAUUUUAUGGGAUUUUGAAACCUGAUGGGCUACUUGUUACCACUGUUAAUGGUGCUGGUGUUGUCUUUCAACUCUCUUAUGUCACUCUCUUUAUCAUCUUUGCUCCCAAACACAAUAAGGUGUCAACAAUGAAACUGGUUGGUUUAUUCAAUAUUGUGUUCUAUGGAAGUGUAAUUGGUGCAACUCUUUUGGCCAUGCAUGGAAGUUUGAGGCUCACCUUUGUUGGAAUUAUUUGUGCUGCUAUAACCAUUGGCAUGUAUGCUUCCCCUCUAGCUGUCAUGGAAAAUGUGAUAAGGACUAAGAGCGUGGAGUAUAUGCCAUUUUUUCUCUCGUUCUUCCUUUUCCUAAAUGCCGGUAUUUGGUCUGUCUAUGCUAUUCUCGUCAAGGACAUCUACAUUGCGGUGCCAAAUGGAAUAGGGUUUGUAUUGGGGUCGGCCCAACUGAUUAUAUACGGAAUAUACAAGAAGAAGUCAAAGUCAACAAAAUCAACGGAGAUGAUGGAGGAAGAGGGAUCAGCUCAUCUGGUAGAGAUGGGAAUGAACGAUGGUGAUGAUCAUCAGAAAAACAGAGGCAUAAUCAAAGGGCUGAGCCUCCCAAAGCCAACCUUAGAUAGGCAAUACAGUGUCCAAAAUAUUUUGAGGUCACUUUCUUAUGGUCCAUAUGACUUCCAUUCUACUGGACCCCUAGAUGAAGAUGAUGAAGUGGAAAGUGAGAAAUUUUGAUUUUUUUUUUUAAGGGAAGAAGUCAAGAUAUAACUUUUGUUUUUUUGGGUAUAUGUAAUGAGUAUAAUUACCAAACUUAUAUGUACCUACUACUUGUAUUAACAGCUUAUUUGGUAAUCUAUGUUAGUGUAAGGUUUUUUUGUCUUGAAAA